UCAGGAGGUGUUACAUCGACUCUUGUACUGCAUCCACUGGACCUGAUAAAAAUUAGGUUUGAAGGUAAGAUACUAGGAAUACCUUGGUUGUGUGUAACAUGCAAAUGCAUUGCAAUGUUAAAUGUAAUGCUAUAUAUGCAACUAGCCGUGUCCGUGUGGCGUGAAUGUCAAAACUAAAGCAUGAAAUAAAUCAGAAAGCGAAAAAGGCUAUAAAUAAGGUUCGGACACUUCUUCAUGUAUAUUUAAGACGUACACGUAUUUAUUUGUCCAAAAAGGUCAACUUCAGUUGGAUUUUGCCUUUCCUCAUGAUUAAAAAGAUAAGCUGGACUCUUCUCUCAGACGAAAAAUCAAGUCCUAACGAUGGCCAUUUUUAUAGGUUCCUCAAUAAGAUUCCUAAUCCUGCCAUUGCAGUAAUUAUCUUCAUUAAUCCCAUUUUCCUGACAAUUGUUAUUGACUAAUCCCCGUCCUGAAAUUACGUUCAAAAACGUGCCUUAUAGGAGUUCCAGACUUCCUCAUCUUAGGAGAAUCAGUCAAUCAUACAUGUAAAUGCAGUGGGAUAAAAAGGUGGUACACUACAUGAUCAAAAUAGGUGUGCGAUAGGGUCAAGAAAAAUGUGGUUAAUGAUGAGCGUAAUGUACAUGUCAUAAGCUUGUCCAGGGGUAGGACCCUGGGCAAACCAGGGGAAAAAUGGUGGAUGAGUUGGAUUGUCUGCCCUAAGUGAGGGGGAAAUUCCAGACGUUAUUUUUAGGUUUGAAUGAAGGGGUGGAGGAAAUUGACAUUUUGUUAAAUUUUGGAAGGCAACCAGGUGAACAUCAUGAGAAUUUAACACCUUACCCAACCCAUAAUUUGGCAAAUGAUAAUACAGGUCAUAUAAGUAGACCCUGGCCUGCGUGAAUCUGUCUGAAGGUUUUCUUUUAUGAUUUUUUAAAUGAAAAAUAUUACCUUGCUUCCCCGAGCAUAAAAUAAAUGAGUCAAAUUUGAUCGCCAACUAUUAUAGCUUGCGUAGCUGGAGGGACCAAAGUUUAAAAGUGUUCCUUGAUGUCCCUGCAUGUGGCUUUUCCCCAUUCCUCUUAUAGUUUUAUAGGCUAAUGACCACAGGUUCUUUUAUAACUGUCAUAAGUACUAGUUAAAUCCCACCAGCUACACAGGCAUAAUAAUGUUCUCUCUCAAUUAAAAGAAACCCAUUUAUGAGGUGGUUAUCAUGGGGUUUUUCAUUGAGGAGCACUUGAGCCUUGGAGGCAAUUUUAUUCUUAAAUUUGUUUCACCCAUUUUUCAAUCCGCCUCAUUGACACGGGGUCCUAUCCUACUUGCAAGCUGAUGACAUGACUCUGUAUAAUGAUGAGUUAGAAAAUAGAAAAUUGAUAGGCUACUGUAGAAAAGAGAAGAGGAAAACAGGCCUUGUAUUUCUGCCGAUCAUUUUUAUUAGAAUUAUGUUUAAUAUUCCUUCAAGAGUUAAGAAGAAGUGGUCCCAAUGUACGGGUCUUUUUACAUGUUGCUCAUAUGGUAAAGCAUUGCAGCACUAUACAUGUAAAUAGAGUGGUUAUGGGUUCGAAUUCCAUUGAAGCCUUGAAAUUUUUGGGCUUAAUUAGCAAUUGUUAUUUGCAUUUAAGAAAAAGACCUUAUAAAAGCAUGCCUUACAUAAUUUUGUUAAUGCAUCUAGUUUCACACAAUAGCUUUAUUUAUUAUAUGAAUGUUUUUGUUAUUAGUUACAGUGUAAUGAUGGCAGUGGGAAGUUGCCAGCGUACAGAGGUCUAGUUGAUGCAGUGCAGUCCAUUGUCAGAACAAGGGGUUUAAAGGGGUUGUACCAGGUUAGUACAUUGGCAACAUACUUAACCCUUAGUUUAGUGAUUUGUUUGGUCGUUUUUGUGCCUGAUAGAGCAAUGCAAUCUUUCAGUUUAAAAGAUUAAGUUAGUAAGCUUAGCAGUGUCUUCAGGGAGGACAGAUCUACCUCAUUUUGGGAACAAUCCUUCCAUAGAACUUUACGCACAAAACUUCACAUGCUUUGGGUACUAGAAAUCCACUUCUUAUUACACCAUUCACCACUAACUUUUUCCAGAUAAGAUUUCUCCUGUUCCUGGAAAGUAAGCCAGCUAGUGUAAUUAUAAUUAUUGUCAUGGUGUUUUCUCAUUUCUUUUCUCCCAGUUGCUUAAAGCCUGGCUUAGUGAGAAAAAAAAAAAUAAAUAAAUAAAUAAUAAAAUAGCUAGAAAUAACAAAAAAGGACAAAAAAAUUAAAGGAAUGAGUACAAGUUCCUUUUUUUCUUUCAGGGUCUGACACCGAAAGUAUGGGGUAAUAAGUCUGUGUGGGUACUGUACUUUUUCAGGUAAGUUAUUACAACAGCGAACAAAACAAUAUUUUGUAUAGAAUUCAUAUUUUAAACCUUCAUUAGAAUUCAUGUAUUUAAAUACACAUCGCUGAGAAUAGCUGUAGAACAGCUAUGAAGGUUCUUUUCUUUCUAUUUUCUUCUCUCCUAUCUGUUUGAGUUCCUACUGCUGCUAUUUUCUUCUCUCUUAGGAAAUUAGUACAUUAAUAUUUUGUACAUUUUGUGUACAGUCAAACCUUUCCACAAUGGCCCACCUUGGGGACAGAAGAAAGUCAUCCUCGGAGACCCAGGGGCAGUCAGUCGACCCGACUAACUGCCCCUGGGUCUCCGAGGAUGGAAGAAAGUGGGCCUUGUAGAGAGAUGGCCAUUAUGGGGAGGCCUGUAGGAAUUGUAAUAUAACAUUUUUUUAGGGAGCACAACAUGUUUACAGUGUUAUGUUCAUGCUUACUGUUCCAUAAUGAUAAUCCAGUCAUAUAUAACAUAAAAUAUAGCGAUAGAAAGAUACACCAAAAAAUUGAAUAAAGUUUUGAAUGAAAAUGUUGACGCGACAAAACAGCAAGAUUCGAAAAAUUUGCUUAAGUACAUUUGUAUCAUAGCUAUUAAUAUGCUUACGGUAGCAGUAUGAAUGGGGCGUGUUUAAACUCGAAAUGGCGAAGUGAAAAAAAGUAUUUACAAAUAAUAUAUAUUUUUCUUUGACCGGGUUUCCUCCCUACUAUUCGGUCGGCGGAGUUAACACGCGCAUUCUUGACCCGAAGUCUACACCAUUGUGCAAGCCAUAAGAUUUGAAGGCCUGUUGUCAUGCCUGGUGUGCGUGGGCAAGCUCAUCAUACGCGCCGAAAUAGCUCUUCCGACGGGAAAUUAACUGCAGUGUCAUCAGAGACGUCGAGAUGGCGGAGCGUAUUACAAAGAAAAGCUACCGUCAACUUUAACGUACGUAAGGAUGAAGAAGUAUAAGUCCAAAGUCAAAAAUUGCUAACAGUUCUACAAAUAAACAGGGUAUAUAAUUUCGUGUGAGUCUAUCCUAAAUAUGAACAGGGUAUUGCCUGAUCUGAUUUGUUUAAUGAAAUUUAUUUGCAAACAAAAGCAAUAACUGUAACGUGAAAUUUGCUCUAUUGCAAUUGCCAAUAAAUGGCUUUAAAACAAGACGGCGUGCAGAAACUGACAAAACCGAGAAGUCCCUGGGGAGAGGAGAGAUCCUUAGUACGAGAGAGAACAAGUGAGUGCGAUAACUGCGAUGGCACAACAAGAUUUGUGAGGUCUUGCAUCAGAGUUUUGCCGGUUCAUGGAAGGCAAAGACAUAACAACUGGACACGACAAAAUAGAGGAAGUCAUUUGUUUUUACUCUUUAGGAAAGUCAUUUCGCCAUUUCGCUAUUUCGUCAUUUCUUCAUUUCGUGUUUUUAACACGCCCGUGUAAAUGAAACACAAUCAAAAUAUGAUUGCCGCGAUUUAUCAUCAACGUACCAUAAGUUUUAUGACCAUUCUUGACUUUUUCAUCAGUCGCUAAAAUAUAGAAGCAUGUUAAGAGUAUCAUGGAAGGAACAUAAAACCAAUAAAGAGGUUUUAAAGAUGGCAAAUACAACAAGGUCAUCAUUACCAAUAAUAAAGAAAAGAAAAUGCCAGUAUUUUGGACACGUAUGCUACGCCAAAAGUGACAAAAUAUCAAAGAUGUAACUUUAUAAUUCAAAUCCACCAAAUUACUAUCAAGAUCGAUAAAAUUGACAUCAAUUUGCUUUUUGAAUGUGUCACGAUUGUAGAAUUUAAUGUCAAUUCCCACGUGUUUCAUGUCAUGUACACGUUAUGACAGAUUAGUAGGGUGAGGCACCUGUUUACUAAACCUGUCUUGUCAACUAUUUUGAAUUCUCUUAUUUUUAGUAAACUUUUUUACUGUUCCACUGUCUGGGCAGGCACCUCUAAGCAAAAUCUACAGAAGUUACAAUAUUAUCAGUGCAAAACUUCGCCGCCCGCGUAUUAACAGAUACUAAAAAAGUUUGAUCACAUCUCGCCUGUUCUUCGGGGAUUAGGGUGACCCUCCAUCAAAGAUCAGCUAUUAGUCCGUGAUACUACGCAAAAAAUACAAAAAAAAAAAUUAAACAAAAUUGUUAAUGGCCUCGCUCCGUUGUACUUGCGUAGUAAACUCAGUAAGCGAUCAGACGCACAUAACUACAACACGAGGAAAAAAGAGACAAUCUAAAUCUCCCUCUGUACAGAACAGUUACUGCGCAACGGUCAUUUUACUAUCGCGCUGUAAGUGCCUCGAACUCUCUGACCGCAGACACUAGAAACAGCCCGUCACUAUGUACCUUUAAGAGGAGCGUCAAACGCGAAUUGCGGGAGCAGACCCCAUACGUUAAAUAGUUAAUAUUUGAUUUAGUUUAGAUCUCCAAAGAGAUGACGUAAUUGUACGCGCAUAAUUUAGGCUUUUAGUUUUGUACCAAGAUUGUAAUUAAUUUAAGCUUUUUCUUCUUAUCCCCUUCUUUCUUAGCAUUUGUAAAUUAACUUCAGAAUAGCCCUUUGGGAGAGUUAAUAAAAUUUAUUGUAUUGUAUUGUAUGAUAUAACAGGAAUCAAGUUCAAACCAAACUCCUCUGCCCCCUUACACAGUGUCACCCCUAGUUGUCUGUCUGUGAUGAUUUAUACACAGGGUUGAGAGGAUUGGGUGACACCCAGUAUCCAUCUUAUAAGUUAAGUUGAUGUAUUUUCCUCCCUUUAGGAACUGGGACACUAACUGUGACAAAUCCAAUAUGGGUUAUCAAGACUCGCCUCUGUCUUCAGUACACUGGUUCACCAGCUGCCGUUACUCAAGCACCGCAAUACAAAGGGAUGAUGGGUAAGAAAGAAGUAAACUUGGCCAACUUAACUUUCGCAAAGACUUAUGGGACUGUUACCAGGGACAGGGAAAAAACUGGCUAAUAGCUGACUGGCGCGUCCCCAGUAACAAUCCCAGAAACAAUUUCGGAACGCAUUUCGGCUCCAGUUCUCUGGUCGUUUCUAAAGUGGUGAAUGAACGGUCGGUUCACGUGUUGGGUGAAUGGUUUGAAAAAUUCAGGCUUAGUAAAUUUCAUUCCGGAAUAGGGUUUACUAUUUGUUUUACAAAUCAGUUCCACUUACCGAAAAACAGCCGCGAAGGCCUGAAACUGGUAUCAAAGAUACGUUUUAUAACAAAUGUAACACGAAUGUUCGUUUGGAAUAUUUCGUCCGGAAAAACAGGACCACCUUUUCAGAUGUUCCGUUGCUCCCGGAAAUUUUCCAAUAAAGGGACACGGAAAGCCCUUUUUCAUUUACUUGUUGUAGUGGUAAAAUAACGAGUUCCUCCUAUUACAGUUAUUUGUCUGACACAAUGUCUGUGUGACCUUGAUUUACAGAGCCAUAGAUCAUACAUGUAUUUGUGUUUAUUAUAAAAUCAUUUCCUAAUUCUUACUUUUUAGAUGCCCUUUUAAAACUUUGAAGACACGAGGGACUCCGAGGAUUAUACAAAGUAAGUUUGCCAUGCUAGGUAAUGUUGCUUGAGAUAAACGACGUCCUUAUUACGACAUUUACGCAAUCACGAUGACUAGGGGAACAAGAACGUUUAGAAACAAUUACAGGUUUUAUGGUGGAAAAAGCAACAACUUUGCACAGUUUCUUGAACAUUUCUUUGCCGCUACCGCACGACUACGACGUAAAAAGUGCCUAAUUUCACGGUUUGUGAGGGCUGUAAACGAGCGAUGGAGAUUUUCUUUUUUCUGUCGGAUAGCGCUAUCCACCAGAUAAUACAUUAUCCAGAAAAUGGGUGUAAGAAAAACUAAUUCCGCCAACUAGUGGGUAAGGAUUUUUCUGGUGUAUAGCGUUAUCAACCUUAGGAAAAGAAACUGGGGUCUGGUGGAUAGCGUUAUCAACCUUUUGAGCAACUAGAGCACGACUCAGUGCAAAUGGUGCAAAUUACAAAAUCAGCCCACUUGAAAUGUUUUAUCGCGAUGAAUGUCAGCUACAUGAACACGGUAUUUUGUUCAAUAGGGUUACGUCCCCGGACUGUUUGGUGUGUCACACGGUGCUCUCCAGUUCAUGGCUUAUGAAGAACUUAAGAAAGGCUACAGCCGUUACUUUGGUACACCAAUCAAUAAAAAAUUG